GAAGCAACAAUGCUGCCUCUAGCCGUGUUGGCCGUGUUGGCCAUGUGCCUCAGCGCAUCCCUCUCUGCCCCUAGCCUGGACCCACAGCUGGAUGACCACUGGGAACUGUGGAAGGGCUGGCACAGUAAGAAAUAUCAUGAGAAGGAGGAGAGCUGGAGGAGACUGGUGUGGGAGAAGAACCUGAGGAAGAUCGAGCUGCACAACCUGGAGCAUUCAAUGGGCACACAUACCUACCGCCUGGGCAUGAACCACUUUGGAGACAUGACUCACGAGGAGUUCAGGCAGAUCAUGAACGGCUACAAGCGCAACGCACAGAGGAAGGUCACAGGAUCCCUGUUCAUGGAGCCCAACUUCCUGGAGGCCCCACGAUCUGUGGACUGGAGGGAGAAAGGCUACGUCACUCCCGUUAAGGACCAGGGUCAGUGUGGCUCUUGCUGGGCCUUCAGCACCACCGGAGCUCUGGAGGGUCAGAACUUCAGGAAGACCGGAAAACUGGUGUCGAUGAGCGAGCAGAACCUGGUGGACUGCUCCAGACCCGAGGGCAACGAGGGCUGCAACGGCGGUCUGAUGGACCAGGCCUUCCAGUACGUCAAGGACAACCAGGGUCUGGACUCUGAGGUGUCCUAUCCUUACGUGGCAAUGGACGACCAGCCGUGUCGCUACGACCCCUUCUUCAACUCUGUCAACGACACCGGAUUCGUCGACGUCCCCAGCGGUGUGGAGCGCGCUCUGAUGAAGGCCGUGGCCGCCGUGGGACCCGUUUCAGUCGCUAUCGACGCUGCUCACGAGUCUUUCCAGUUUUACCAAUCAGGAAUCUACUACGAGAAGGAGUGCAGCAGUGAGCAGCUGGAUCACGGCGUGCUGGUGGUGGGUUAUGGCUUCGAGAAACAAGAUGUGGACGGCAAGAAAUACUGGAUUGUGAAGAACAGCUGGAGUGAAAAGUGGGGAGACAAAGGCUUCAUCCUCAUGGCUAAAGACAGAAAGAACCACUGUGGAAUUGCGACGGCGGCCAGCUAUCCUCUCGUCUAACGUUUGCACAGCUCCACUUUGCAGCUCCUUAGUGUUUUUUUAUUGCAAUAGUUUGGCUGAAGGCGACGGACGAAGGCUUCAGACCGAGCGACGACAUCGACAGGAGAUUCUGUGAUGUUUUUAAAAAGCAGAAACACUGUUUUUAGGGAAAUGGC